UCAGUCACGACCCACACUGGUUCAGACGAAAUCACGCACAUUGCUACCUAACUCAGCAGCAGACUCCAUUACCAUUUCGUUACGGACUUCGUCGAUCAGCUUAAACGGAGAUGUCGGCGGCGAGCACCGCCGCACUCCGGCGGAACGAAGAACUGAAGCUCUUCGACGACGCGAAGCUCGGCGUCAAGGGCCUCGCCGACUCCGGCGUCUCGAAGAUCCCGUCCUUCUUCGUCCACCGCACGGGGGAGGCAACGGCCGACGGCGCCGACCUCGCGAUCCCAACCGUCGACCUAGGAGGCGUCGUCGGCGGAGAAAGCGGCGGCGGGGAUCUCAGGCGGAGCGCGGUGGAAGGAGUCCGGAGCGCGUGCGAGGCCUGGGGCUUGUUCCAGGUGGUGAACCACGGGAUCCCGGGGAGCGUGCUGGAGGAGAUGAUCGGAGGGAUCCGGAGGUUCCACGAGAGCGGGAGUAGGAGGGACUGGUACUCGCGGGAAAAGGGGAGGAAGGUGCUGUACUUCUCGAACUUCAAUCUGUUCAAGGUGGCGGCGGCGGAUUGGAGGGACACUCUGGUCUGCGAGAUGGCUCCGAGCCCGCCGGAGCCUCAGGAAUUGCCUGAGUCGUGUAGGGACAUUGUGAUCGAAUUCUCGGAACAAGUACACAAAUUGGGGAUCACAUUGUUGGAGCUGUUGUCUGAGGCGCUCGGUCUCAAGCCGAGCCACCUGAAGGACAUGCAUUGUGGCGAGGGAUUGGUCCUCCUGUGCCAUUACUAUCCGCCCUGCCCCGAGCCGGAGCUGGCCAUGGGAUGUAGUGUGCACAACGACGGUAACUUCCUGACCAUACUUCUGCAGGAUCAACUGGGCGGCCUUCAGUUCCUUCAUGAGGAUCAGUGGUUCAAUGUUCUUCCCCAGAAAGGAGCUUUACUAGUGAACCUUGGAGACCUUAUGCAGCUAGUUUCGAAUGACAAGUUCAAGAGCGCAAGCCACCGGGUGUUGGCCAAAGCGGUGGGCCCGAGAGUCUCGAUCGCGAGCUUCUUCAGGACGAGUUUCGGAAUCGAACAGGCCUCGAAGCUCUACGGACCCAUUGAAGAACUGGUAUCGGAAGAGAGCCCGCCACUCUACCGGGAGACCACAGUGCCGGGUUAUCUGGCAUCCUACUACGCCAAAGUCUGGGAGGAAAACAGGCUUGACACCGACUCUCCACUGGCGAGCUUCAGAACGCGAAGCGAUGAGGACAGACAGACGCUGAGUUGUUCCAAGACAAGAACUUGACUGUUGACAUGUGCGAGUACGAAAUUCUAUGAUAUAUGGUCAGAGAAAUGUAUGAUCACAAUAUUGCUUUGGACUUUGAGGAUUGGCCUUUCUUCGAAGACUCUUGCUG